CUGAAAUCAAUUUCAUUUAAAAAAGGUGGUCAGCAGAAAUUUAUUGGUAGAUUUAAAGGCAGGAACUCCCGGUCGUGACCUGUAAUUUAAUAUUUUUAAUUUCAAUUAAGUACGGAAUUUCUUUUCUUCCACUACUAUAAGACCCCAUCCCCAUCCUCCUCUCUCCAUCACUCCAACCCGUCAUAUCCAGACACCAUCAUUAAUCAAUGGCGUCCCUUUUAUCUUUCCGGCCGUGCUCUGUUUUGCUCUGUUUCGCUCUCCUCCUCGUUUCCCCUGUUUUUCCGGCGGAUUCAGCUCAGAACGGCCCCAUAUUCGCCUGCGACGUCGAGAACAAUCCGGGCCUCAAGGAAUUCCCCUUCUGCGACGCGUCGUUGAGCGUGAAGCAGAGAGUGAAGGCUCUGGUGGGCAGCCUGACAUUGCCGGAGAAGAUCACUUUCUUGGUGAGCAAAUCCGGCGGCGUCCCCAGGCUCGGAAUCCCGCAGUACGAGUGGUGGUCGGAGGCGCUCCACGGCGUCUCCUACGUGGGGUACGGGGUCAAGUUCACCGACCUCAUCCCCGGCGCCACCAGCUUCCCGGCGCCCAUCCUCACCGCCGCCUCGUUCAACAAGGACCUCUUUCAGGCCAUCGGGAAGGCGGUUUCCACGGAGGCGCGGGCAAUGCACAACGUGGGGUUGGCCGGGCUGACUUUCUGGUCCCCGAACGUGAACAUCUUCCGGGACCCGCGGUGGGGCCGCGGCCAGGAAACUCCCGGCGAGGAUCCGACCCUCUCCGGCCAGUACGGCGUCCGGUACGUCAAAGGGCUGCAAGAGAGCGACGGCGAGAAGCUGAAAGUCGCCGCUUGUUGCAAACACUACACCGCUUAUGAUGUUGACAAUUGGAAAGGGGUCGACAGAUACACUUUUAGUGCAAAUGUGACGGAACAAGAUAUGCAUGAGACAUUUCAGCCACCAUUUGAGGCAUGUGUGAAAGAAGGGAAUGUGGCGAGUGUGAUGUGUUCAUACAAUCAGGUCAAUGGGAAGCCAACUUGUGGUGAUCCUAACCUUCUCAAUGGGGUUGUUAGAGGCCAAUGGAACUUGAAUGGAUACAUUGUGACAGAUUGUGACUCAUUGGAUGUAAUUUUCAACUCUCAACACUACACCAAGACAAAAGAAGAGACUGCUGCUUUAGGAUUGAAUUCUGGGGUGGACCUAAAUUGUGGGUCAUUUUUGGGGAGUUACACACAAGGGGCAGUGAACCAAGGGCUGGUGAAUGAGUCAGAAAUCAACAGGGCAGUGUCCAACAAUUUUGCCACCCUAAUGAGGCUUGGAUUCUUUGAUGGAAAUCCCAAGAACAACAAGGAUUAUGGACAUCUUGGCCCUGCCCAUGUAUGCACCCAAGAAAACCAAGAACUUGCCCGCGAAGCCGCGCGACAAGGCAUCGUGUUGCUGAAGAACAGCGCCGGUUCGCUUCCUCUGUCGCCUAAUGCUAUAAAGUCGUUGGCUGUCAUUGGGCCCAAUGCCAAUGCCACCAAGACCAUGAUUAGCAACUAUGAAGGGACUCCUUGUAGGUACACAAGCCCUUUGCAGGGGCUAAUGGGUGUCGUGGCCAACACGGUUUACUCCCCCGGUUGUGACAAUGUGGCGUGCGAUACAGCCCGAGUGGAUGAUGCCAAGAAAGCUGCAGCCGAGGCCGAUGCAGUUGUUCUAGUGAUGGGUUCGGAUCAAUCCGUUGAAAAAGAAUCUCUAGACAGAACCAGCAUUACUCUUCCGGGACAACAAUCUGUUCUAGUGUCCGAGGUUGCAAAGGCUGCGAAGGGUCGUCCUCUGAUCUUAGUCAUAAUGUCUGGAGGUGGCAUGGAUGUGCAAUUUGCAAAGGAUGAUCCUAGUGUUACAAGCAUUCUUUGGGUUGGGUUCCCAGGCGAAGCCGGCGGAGCUGCCCUUGCUGAUGUUGUUUUUGGACUCCACAACCCAAGUGGGAGGCUACCAAUGACAUGGUAUCCACAAUCAUAUGUGGAUAGCGUCGCUAUGACGGACAUGAGAAUGAGGCCGGGUCCUGGUUUCCCGGGUAGGACAUACAGGUACUACAAGGGCCCGACCGUCUUUGAAUUUGGAUACGGGUUGUCGUACUCCACGUUCAAACAUACCAUGAUCCGUGGCACUCCACGGUCGGUCUCCCUCCUCCUAGAGGAACAACACGUCUGUCGUCUUGCCUCCACGGACUGUAAGUCUGUUGAGGCUGAAGACAGCAUCUGCAAGAAUUCGCCAGCGUUUGACGUUCGUCUCAAGGUGAAGAAUUCAGGUGGCAUGAAGGGAAGCCACACUGUUUUAUUGCACACCGUGCCCCCCUCGGUCCACAAUGCGCCUCAGAGAAAGUUGGUGGCGUUCGAGAAGGUGCAUUUGCAUCCGGACGAGGAAGUCAUGGUUCGGUUCAAUGUGAACGUUUGCGAGCAUUUGAGUGUGGUCGAUGAGGUUGGAAAAAAGAAAGUCCCCCUCGGACACCAUCGGCUCCACAUUGGAGAUUUAGAACAUUCUUUAGUCAUCACUGUUUAAUUUGCUUUUACAUUUAUAAAUCUGUUCUUCCCAAAGAAAACAAAUUUGUACAUUCUUGGAAGUGAUGAGAGUGUGCAAGUUUAGAAGUUGCAUUCAUUCCUAACAAAUUUGUAUGUUCUUGAAAGCUUUUUUUUCUACACUAAGAAUUUAGAUAUAUAGUUUUCAUCAAGUGAUAGAUUGGGCAUUUUAUUUGUCAUAUGCUAGUGCAAAAUAAUGUACCUUACAAUUAUUUUUAUGAAUCACAUUAUUGAUUAAUAACUUUAGACAAAUAGA